CACGAUCGCACCCACAAAUACGAACGUGACAUAAAAACCCGUGAGGAAAUCACCUCGUUAAUAGCCCAUCAUGUCACAGCGGUUAAUUAUAUUUAUCGCAACACCAAAUUCGAUGGACGUACCGAACAUCGUAAUAUACGCUUUGAGGUACAACGCAUCAAAAUUGAUGAUGACUCAGCCUGCCGUUCCUCCUAUAAUGGGCCCCAUAAUGCCUUUUGCAAUGAACAUAUGGAUGUUUCGAAUUUCCUUAAUCUCCAUUCAUUAGAGGAUCAUUCGGACUUCUGUUUGGCUUAUGUAUUCACCUAUCGUGAUUUUACCGGUGGUACUUUGGGUUUGGCCUGGGUGGCCAGUGCCUCUGGAGCCUCAGGAGGUAUUUGUGAAAAAUAUAAAACCUACACAGAGACAGUGGGUGGCCAGUAUCAAAGUACCAAGAGGUCACUGAAUACCGGCAUCAUCACCUUUGUCAACUAUAAUAGUCGGGUGCCGCCCAAGGUUUCGCAGCUCACACUGGCCCAUGAGAUUGGACAUAAUUUUGGAUCACCGCACGACUACCCCCAGGAAUGCCGUCCGGGUGGUAUGAACGGCAAUUACAUUAUGUUCGCCAGUGCCACAUCCGGCGAUCGUCCCAACAACUCAAAAUUCUCCUCCUGUUCCAUACGCAAUAUCUCCAAUGUCCUCGAUGUUCUUGUGGGCAAUAUGAAACGUGAUUGUUUCAAGGUAUCCGAGGGAGCCUUCUGUGGCAAUAAAAUCGUGGAACAGGGUGAAGAAUGCGAUUGCGGCUUCAAUGAGGAUGAAUGCAAGGACAAAUGUUGCUAUCCUCGUCUAAUUAGCGAAUAUGAUCUCUCGCUGAAUAGUUCAGCUCGAGGUUGCACCCGACGUGCCAAGACCCAAUGUUCACCCUCCCAGGGUCCAUGCUGUCUACCCAACUCCUGCACCUUUGUACCCUCGAAUUAUCAUCAAAAAUGUAAAGAGGAAACUGAAUGUUCCUGGUCGAGUAGCUGCAAUGGCACCACAGCCGAGUGCCCUGAACCCAAGCCACGCGAUGAUAAGACAAAAUGUAACAACGGCACUGCUCUAUGUAUACGCGGCGAGUGUUCCGGCUCCAUAUGCCUGUUGUGGAAUAUGUCCGAAUGCUUUUUAACCUCACAACAGCAGCCGCAUGUCGACAAACGUAAACUCUGUGAAUUGGCCUGUCAGAAUGGCAAUGACACCACGACAUGCCGUAGUACAUCUGAAUUUGCUCAUCUAUUUGGUUUACCCGAGGGCGGUAUCAGUCUGCGCCCUGGGUCACCGUGUGAUAAUUUCCAAGGUUACUGUGAUGUGUUCCUGAAAUGUCGUGCCGUCGAUGCUGAUGGGCCAUUGUUGCGACUCAAAAAUCUCUUACUCAACAAGGAGACCCUAUUGACGGUGGCCCAAUGGAUAACGGAGAAUUGGUAUAUUGUGGUCCUACUGGGCAUUGCAUUUAUUAUUGUUAUGGGUAUAUUUAUCAAAUGUUGUGCCGUGCAUACGCCCAGUUCAAAUCCUAAAAAGAGAAGAGCCCGUAGAAUCUCCGAAACCUUAAGAGCUCCCAUGAAUACAAUAAGGCGCAUGCGCCAUCCCCAUGGCCGCAGUGCUGGCCCGCGCAGCAUACCACCGCCAGUGCACGACAGUCGUGCCCAUCAUCGCAACUAUCCACCCGAAUGGGAUCGUCAUCAUCGUUCAGGUGCUGUCAGCAGUGGCGCCGCUGGUGCUGUUCCCCUACCCUCGUCUAGCAGUAAUCAUGCCAGUCGUGUGGCGGCGGCCGCUUCUUCUUCAUCAAGACCCUCAGGUGGUGGUGCUGGUCGCAGUUCACGUUCCAACGGAUCUCGGCAACCAAGCAGUUCACGUUCAGCUGGACAACAUGGGUAUGCUGAUAUACCACCACCGAGUGGUUUGGGUCCAUCACCAACAGGUGGUGGCGGUGCUGGUGGUUUACAUAUGGGUGGUGGUGGUGCAGCCAUGGCUGCUGGGUCGGGUUCAUCAACUAGUGGUUUAUCACGUGCCCAAAUGCCUUUACCCGCCCUGCCGUCCAAUGCACAAACGCAACAACAACAACAACUGCCACAUCAAGCUUAUUAUGCGCCGAAAG